CGGAACGGAACGUAAAGUACCCAAUUUUUCUUUCGUACGUCGUAUGUACUCCCUGUUUCAUUGCGUUUUUCUUGUUUGUAAAUAAUAACCGCUGGAAAUAGUACGUAAUGUGAAAUUACACGCAUUCCUCAGUCGAGUGCUCGUUACGUAAAAGGUAACCAUUGCCGUGCAAUUAGUUAAUCCGCCGUAGAACUCCUAACCUAUCGGUUGAUGUUUUGUUAGAGAGUAAAUGAACUAUGUGAUGUAAAAAUGCCGCCUUUCAGAAGAAAGAAGGCGUCUAAAUCCUUUCCAGUGAAGGUGUGUACAUUGGAUGCCGAAUUGGAAUUCAACCUUGAGUGGCGAGCAACGGGAAGGGAUUUGUUUGACCUAGUCUGCCGGACCAUAGGGCUACGGGAAACAUGGUUCUUUGGGCUACAGUUCGAGGAUACCAAACAUUUCAUAAGCUGGCUCAAAUUAGACAAAAGAGUACAAGACCAAUGUGUCUCCCAAAUGCCGGGCACACCAUUCAUGCUGCUCUGCAAGCUCUACCCCGAGGAUGUGGCCGAAGAACUCAUCCAGGAGGUCACACAGCAUCUGCUGUUCCUGCAGGUCAAACAGGCGAUCUUGAGCAUGGAUAUAUACUGCCCGCCGGAGGCGUCAGUAUUGCUCGCUAGCUAUGCUGUGCAGGCUAAGUAUGGGGACUACGACGAGACAGCCUAUAAGCCUGGUAUGCUGGCCAGCGAAGACCUACUGCCGCAACGGGUCAUCGACCAGUACCAGAUGACCCCAGAGAUGUGGGAGGACAGGAUUAAAAUAUGGUACGCGGACCACAAAGGAAUGUCGCGGGACGAAGCCGAAAUGGAGUACCUGAAAAUAGCACAAGACUUGGACAUGUAUGGUGUGAACUAUUUCUGUAUCAAUAACAAAAAAGACACGGACCUGUACCUAGGCGUGACGGCGCUAGGUCUCAACAUAUACGAGAAAGACAACAAGUUGAUGCCAAAAACGACUUUCCCCUGGUCCGAGAUAAAGCACAUCUCGUUCGACGACAAGAAGUUUAUCAUCAAGUUUGUCGACAAGGCGGCUAACAAUUUUAUAUUUUUCUCGCCUAAGGGAAUGAAUAAAUUGAUCCUUGACUUAUGUAUCGGAAAUCACGAUCUAUACAUGCGUCGCCGGAAACCGGACACCAUGGAGGUUCAGCAGAUGAAAGCUCAGGCUAAAGAAGAGAAACAGCGCCGUCAAAUAGAGCGAAAUAAGUUGGCGCGAGAAAAGCAACUAAGGGAGGCUGCCGAAAGGGAACGAGCCGCGAUGGAACAGAGGCUGUUGCAGUAUCAGGAAGAGAUCCGGUUAGCCAACGAGGCACUGCGCCGGUCUGAAGAAACGGCAGAGCUAUUAGCGGAAAAAGGUCGCGUGGCUGAAGAAGAGGCUUCUCUACUAGCACAGAAGGCAGCAGACGCGGAACGGGAUAACGCUCGUCUCAGGCUAUCUGCUAUACGCACUGAAGAGGAAAAGGUUCACCUAGAACGCAAGACCCGCGAAGCGGAAUUCCUCACAGCGCGUCUAGUCGAAGAGUCAGAAAAACGCGCCGCCGAAGCAGACAGGCUGAAAGCAGAGUUAGUCGCAGCCAGAGUAGCCGAGAAACAGGCUAAGGAUAAACUGUUGAACUUCCUGAGCAGAGCUGGUGCUGGGUCACUACCGCCACCUACUGUUAAUUCGUCAAGCACAGUCCCAUCGAGCCUGUUCCCCUCAACGUGUUCCCUCCCCGCCGAGCUCGGGGAGCCUCCGGUCAACGGGUCAGCGGAGCCCGAGCUCAACUCGUGCCUGCUCGUGCCCGAUGACUCGGACGACCCGCACAUACACCGUCUGUCUAGGGAGAUCGAGAAAGAGCGAGUGGAGUAUCUAGCAAAGUCCAAACACCUGCAACAGCAGCUCGAGUCGCUACGUUGCGAGUUCUCUGUACUACGGGUAGAGCGCGACGCGGCGACGCUUGACAGGAUACACGAAGCGCAAGCGAAAGCUGGUGACACUAAAUACUCCACGCUCCGGAGGUUAAGGCAGGGCUCCACCAAUACUCGACUAGCGUUCUAUGAGGAGCUAUAA